AAAAUAAAUCGCGGGAUCGGAAUUACAGCGCGAACAUUUUUGGCUCUAUACAAUAUUGUGCGUACGUAAGUUCCGAGUAAAGUUUUAAAGGGAAAACGGAUAAAUCGGAUGGUCACGGUGGCUGUAUUGCUGCUUGCAUGAAACGCAUGCAUGUGCCGUAAAAAUCCUUUGAAGUAUUCUGUUCACUACACUACUUCCGAUGAUGUUAGGUCUAAAAUCACGAAAUUAAAAGUGCCAUGGUAACGGAUGAUUAUUUCAAGGCAGCACAGCAUGGGAACUUAGAUCAUUUAAAAAAAUUACAUGCAAGCUAUGGAAGGAAAUCUACCAUUCUCAACGCACCCUACGAAAAAUCGGGCGACACUGUACUCCACAUUGCAGCAAGAUGUGGUCACUUGAACCUAGUUGAAUAUCUUGUCGCCUUGGGUGCUGACGUUGAAGCCUCGAACUUUGACGGUAAGCGUCCCCUCCACGAGGCAGCUCAGAGCGGACACGCCCCCUGUGUGCAGAGUUUACUGAGAGCAGGAGCUCAGAUAGACAGCCUGAAGCGAGCUGACUGGACCCCUCUGAUGCUUGCCUGCACUAAAGGUAAUGAGGAUGUGAUAAGACUCCUCCUGAAGUUCGGAGCCAAUAGCCAGUUAAAAAACAAAGAUGGGUGGACACCCUUUCACAUAUCGUGCAGGGAAGGCCACCUGAAUAUUGUUAAGCUCCUGUACAACCAUGAUGACACUGUGUGGAAUACAGCUAGUAAAAAUCAAAGAACCCCUCUCCAUACAGCAGCUCUACAUGGCUGUGAUUUAGUCGUCUCGUUUCUUCUGGACAAGAGGAGGUAUCCCCCCGACGUGAAGGACAGCACUGGGGGCACCCCACUGAUGGACGCCAUUAGAUCGGGCAACGUCCAGGUGGCCAAAACCCUGAUCUCGAAACAAAAGGUCAAUGUUUAUGACGAGGAUAACUUUGGUUUACAACCUCUUCACCUGGCCUCUCAGUCAGGAUGCCUUGAUUCGAUUAAGUUUCUAGUGGAGCGCUUAAACGUUCAAGUUGACUUGAGGACAUCAAAGGGAUUUACAGCCCUACACGUGGCUGCUAAGGAAGGUCAGCUGUUGGUCAUGUCCUAUAUGGUGUCUUCUGGAGCAGACGUCAAUCUCACAGAAAGCAAGGGAAGAACAGCAUUACACAUUGCAGCAGGGGCCCAGCAUGAGGAGGCAUGUCGGUUUCUGUUGAAACAUGGUGCUGUAAUCAAGGCUGACAACUCUGGCAAUCUACCAGGAAUGCUAGCAAGGAAACCAGAAAUCUACAAAUUAUUUCAAACUCAUGAACCAAGCUGAUGUAUGGAAAUUCAUCUUAGAAUGUAUGAACAGUCAAAUAUAAAAACAACAUUUCUGUACACUUUGUUUGAUGUCAUUUAUUGUGUAAAUUUCUGAGACAGUCUAUUAUCUAAAGUUUUCAUCUGACUACCAAGUUUCAGGAAAAUUGUGAACUGUUGUUUUAUAAAAGCAUAUGGAACAUCUGGAAUAAUUACUGCAUGGAUACAUAUUUUUAGCCAGAUUCAUAUUUAUUCAUGGUUAAGUUGUUGGAUUGAAAUUAUAUGAUGAAACUAUUUGUAUGACAGAAUGCCAAUGGAUUAGGAUGCCAAAUGUGUAGAUCAGAUCAUAUCAUCUGACUUAUUGUAUUUGUUUUAGUACAAGUAUCAUAUGUACUGAAUGGAUAUGUGGGAAAAGUAUUUUCUUCUGUAAAUAAAUUACAGUCUUUUAUGAAA